CCCAAUCCCAAUGGAGGUCGAGAUCAAGCUCCGCCUCCCCGACGCCGCCGCCCACCGCCGCCUCACCUCCUUCCUCGCGCCCCGCCUCCGCCGCACCCACGCCCAGCGCAACCUCUUCUUCGACGCCGCCGCGCGGCCCCUCGCCGCGGCCACCGCCGCGCUCCGCGUCCGCCUCUACGGCCCCGACGACCGCGCGCCCCUCCGCGCGGUGCUCGCGCUCAAGCGCCGCCCGCGCAUCGACGCCGGCGUCAGCCGCGUCGAGGAGGUCGAGGAGCCGCUCGACCGCGCUCUCGCGCUCGCCUGCGCCGACGACCCCGCGCGCCUCGGCGGGGUCGACUCCCCGAUCGUCCGCCUCGUCGCCGCCGAGUACGGCGUCGGAGGGGACGCCGCGCCCUUUGUCUGCCUCGGCGGGUUCCGGAACACGCGCGCCGUCUACGAGCUCGAGGACGACGGCCUCGUGCUGGAGCUCGAUGAGACGCGGUUCGAAUUCGGGACCAGCUACGAGCUUGAGUGCGAGACGGCCGAGCCUGACCGGGCCAAGGAGGUGCUGGAGCGCCUGCUCACGGUUGCCGGCGUGCCGUACGAGUACUCUCGGAGCAAUAAGUUCGGCUGCUUCAUGGCAGGGAAGCUGCUUCCUUGACUAGGCAUCUAUGUGUUCUGGGUAGUAUUCUCUUCGCUCGAUUAAACAACUUAGUCACAGUAACAUUCUGUUUAAGGAAGGAAGGCUUCUCAAUUUGUAUCAACUUGAUGUCAAAAUCUUGAAUUUGAUAAAAAUUUCCCCUAUCGGAAAAAGGGCUUCUCUCCUCAAUUUGGUGUAUGCUUUGGUUCUGUGGCAUACGUAAUUAACCUAUGACUCUAUCCAAUAUCCAAAUUCAAGCUGCCAUUUUUUCUGUGAUGUA